CCAGGCAGUGGAUCCAGCCUGCCCUGGGCUGGAGGAGUUCUGCCUCCACGGACCAGCAGCCACUUACCUUGUCAGCCAGACAGAUGCAGGUUUACACUCUUACUGUUCUGACCACUCUCUGAGUGACCCCGGGCAAGUCCCCGCACCCUCUGUGCCUCAGUUUCCCUUUCUGCAGAAUGCUGAUAACAGCAGCACUUGCCUCCCGGGUGGUGUGAGGAAGAAACGAGAGUGUGGGGGGGGGGCUAGGCGUAGUCACUCUUGAAACACUUUGGCCUUCGUCACCUUCCCUCCUCUUCCUGCCUCUUCCCAGGGACCUGGCAUCUGCCCUGGAGAUGGAAGACGAGCAGUCUGAGGGAGCCCCGAGGGAGCAGAGCCUGAAGGAGGCCUACAUCCAGCUUGUCCAGGGCACACAGGAGUGGCGGGACGGCUGCACCUACCAGGGCGAGUUUGGGCUGCAAAUGAAGCUCGGGUUUGGUGAAUUCUCCUGGCCCACGGGCGAGACGUACCGCGGGCAUUUCUACCGUGAUCACCGCCACGGCUUAGGCACCUACACUUGGCCUGAUGGCUCCAGCUUCACUGGCAUGUUCUCCCUCAGCCACCGAGAAGGCUAUGGCACCAUGUACCUGAAGUCGAGGCUCUUUCAGGGGCUGUACAAGGCGGACAGGCGGUUCGGGCCAGGCGUGGAGACUUACCCCGACGGCAGCCAGGACGUGGGACUGUGGUUCCAUGAGCACCUCAUUAAGCUGUGCUCGGAGACGCCUGGCAGCUUCUCCCUGCUCAGCUACCCCGAGUUGGCCCACUUCCUCACGCACACCCCAGCCAAGCUCAGUCUCUCAGACGAUGAGAAGAUGGAGUGGGGCCUGGAUGAGGGCCAGGACCCCUUCUUCUACGAGUAUAAGCGGUUCCUUCUGAAUGACGACCUCACGCUGCCCCCCGACAUGCACGUCUACUCCACUGACAACAGCCACCUGCCCAUGACCUACUCCUUCUGCAAGGACUUGGAUGCCCGGCUCUUCAUGGACGAUAUCCCGCCCUUCGUGGAGGACGGAGAGCCCUGGUUUAUCACCAAUGAGACCCCUUUGAUGGUCAGGAUCCAGAGGCAGACGUACAAGUUCAGGAACAAGAAGGCCUACACCAGCUGGAACAUGGCCGCCAUUGUGCAGGGUGACCGCAGAGGCUUUGCGCGCUGUGGGCCUAGGGAGCGGCUGGCCAAGGAGAUGAUCCUGAAGGCCGAGGACGGGGACCAUGACUGGAUCUACAAAAUCCUGCGGGACAACCUGGUCUGUGCCGACGUGGCUGACGCCAAGGGUUACACCGCACUUGCUGCGGCUGCUGUCCACUGCCACAGACAGAUCAUCAACCUCCUGCUGGACAGCGGGGCUGACGUGAACAAAUGCUCAGACGAGGGCCUCACGCCGCUCAGCAUGUGCUUCCUCCUAUACUACCCUGCUGAGUCCUUCAAGCCCAACAUCGCGGAGAGGACCGUGCCAGCGCCCCAGGUCAGCCCCCGGAGCCCUUCUUUCACUGGUGUCCCGUCCCUCCGUCUGUCCGUCCCUCUAUCGGUCUGUCCCUCCUUCCCUCUGCUUACUCUCCACCCAUACCACUCGGCCCCCAGCCAGCUCCCUUGUGGGGACAGCGGUGGGAUGGCCUCUGAGCAGCACCUGAGCGUGGGUGUUUCCACUGCCUACCAAGCGGACCCUAGACCCCACAUGUUGGCCACACUGAGGCCGAGGGAGCUCAGUGGCCACCUGUGGCCCAUGGCUGCCGUGUGGGACAGCGCUACCCAGAGGCGUGACCCAGCCAGGCUCGGGUUUCUACGCGAUGACUCCGGCGUGGCGGCAAAAGCUCCAGUUCUGCCAAGCAUCUCCUUCCUGCCAGCUGAGGACGCUGUGGAGUCUCUCUACUACCGUGAGCAGGCCCUCCUGAGCCAGAGCUACCAGGACCUGAAGCCGGUGGUGCCGGGCAGUGAGGACGACGUUGCCCCUCAGAAACUCCUCCAGCUGUCCCGGGAGUCUGCCGAUGUGAGGAGCGUGUCCCAGAGGCUGGGCCCUGCACAGGGCCAGAGCAGCCGUUCUCAGCUGCUGAAAGGCCCGGACGAUGCACUGGGGACUGAGGACAAGGGCAUGCAGGGCAGCAACACCUCCUUCGACUCCAACCUCUGUGUCCACAGCUUCUCCAUCCAGCUCUCACUCAACAUCCUGGAGCGGAGCGCCCAGGCCUACACCUUGCUCAAGGCCCCAUGCUUGGGUGCCGGCGGCUCCGAGAAGGGGACCUUGGGUGCCGGUGGCUCCGAGAAGGGGACCAUGAGGAAAAUGGCGCUGUCCAUGAUCGAACACAGAAAGAGGUGGCAGACCAUCCAGCUGCUGCUGCGCCGAGGCGCUGACCCCAACCUGUGCCGCGUGCCCAUGCAGGUCCUGUUCUUCGCCGUGAAGGCCGCAGACGUGGACGGCGUGAAGCUGCUGCUGGAGAACGGGGCGCGGACUGACGUCCAGCUCCCCCCGCAGCUGCGGUCACUGACCCCCCUCCACAUUGCUGCUGCGCUCCCCGGGGAGGAGGGCGUCCGGAUCACAGAGCUGCUGCUCCACGCCAUCACCGAUGUGGACGCCCAGGCGGCCGACCAGGACGAGGAGUACCGGCCACGCAAGAUGGACGCGCUGUCGUCCUCAAGCCUGAAGCUCAACAAUGAGCCCGGCCCGCCCAGCAUCUACUACACCCACCGCGCACCGGCCCCUGAGGGUGGCCGGACAGCCCUGCAUGUGGCCUGCGAGCGUGAGGAUGACAACAAGUGUGCCAGGGACAUAGUCCGACUCCUCCUCUCCCACAAAGCGAAUCCCAACACCCUGUGGAGUGGCCACUCUCCACUCUCCUUGUCCAUUGUCAGUGGUAAUGACAUGAUUGUGAGGGAGCUUCUGUCCCAUGGAGCUGACCCAAAUCUGCCCCUGACCAAAGGCUUGGGCAAUGCCUUGUGUAUGGCCUGUGACCUGACUUAUGAGCACCAGCGGAGCACAGACAACAAGCUGUCCCUGAUUGACCGGCUCAUCAAUUACGGGGCUGACAUCCUGAACCCUGUGACGCUCAUACAGGGGGACAAGGUGGCCGUGGGCACUGCUGUUGACUACGGGUACUUCAAGUUCUUCCAGGACCGGAAGAUUGCUCACUGCCCCUUCCACGCACUGAUGCCAUCCGAGCGGGAGACACUCCUGGCCCGGAAGAGGGUCCUGGAAUACAUGGGCUUCCAGCUGCGCCGUGCUGUCUUUGCCAAGGAGAGCCAGUGGAACCAGAAGCUGCUGUAUCUGAGCAAGAGAGUGGAGCUGGCCCCCAAUCACAGGCUGAAGAAGAAGUGCUCUGCGCCUGCCAGGUGUCUGGACACGGACGAGUCAGAGCUGAUCCCUUUCUUCAAGUUCUGCCACCAGUGCGGCCGCUCCAUCGGGGUGCGCCUCUCACCCUGCACCCGCUGUUACGGCAUCCUGACCUGCAGCAAGUUCUGCAAGACCAGAGCCUGGAACGAGUUUCACAAGCGGGACUGUGGUGCCGCCCUGACCAUGAUGCCCGAGGACCUGUACGCGUAA